CCCAAACUGGGCGGCCGAGCACCCAACAGACUUGAUAGCGUUCCCUCCUCUCCAUCUAUCAACAUCCGUCCACCGUUGUAUUGGUGAGUGCAAACAUCAUGGCGGCAUCAGGAGGUCAUCUCCUGGUACCGAAAGCCAUGAGGCUCAUCAGAUACGCCGUCGAAAAGACGGGUCGACUCAUCCGGGACAAACUCCCACAAGCCUCGAGGCCCAUAGAAGCCGACGUCCAACCCGCCUACGCCCGUGUCUCUCAGCGUCAGCCAGCGACUCGAAUUGCUGGAAUUCGCCAGAGUCAGAACCGUUGGUAUAGCACUCAACGCGCCAUCGGUACGACCAUCCGACACUUCUCCUCCCGCACUGGUAACAACGCUUCUCGGCCCGGGCGAGCAUCCUAUCCUUCUUCAAGGACCGCUUCCGCCGUUGGACGGUCGACUGGCCGUGCACCUUUCGCAUCUACUCUCCGACCCAACUUGACUGGCGGUGCCUUAUGCCGGUCGGCUGGCGGUUAUGGACUCGGAGGUGGUCGCGUCGGCGGAGCAAGAUACUUUUCCCACUCGCCGGCCGCUCCAGCACAGGUGGUCAACAACGUAUCUCAAGCAGUCCGAGCUUUUUGGUUGUCAGGCCAGAAAGUGCGUUUUGACGGUGCCAACCCUCGUACAGGAGAAAAGCGCUUUCGGGCUAUGUCCAGUCUGCAAGAUGAAGCAAAGCAUAUGAUGGACAUGUCUGCGGCCAAUGCCCCGGGGUCUUACCUUGAUUUCAAGGUUUCUCCGACCAUCACCGCAGUCGGUCCCUUGAGCAGCGUGCCUCGCUCUCCCUCCGCAGCUUCCUGCGAACAUGGACAUCAGCAGGAUACCUUGAACAAUGUCGCCGUCAUGUCCAACCUCGCCGUCGACUUUGCCCGUGCUCUCAAAGACUUGGCUGCCAUCAUGAACGACCUCAAGCAUUUAUCUGUUUUGGGGGAUCUCCCCAUCUCCUUGCACGACAGUACAACUUUAAGAGUCCGCUUCCCCGGCUGUGACGCAGACACGGUCGAGAAUCUCUGUCGAGAACUAAACAUCCGACGUGGACUUGUUGGUCAAGAUGAGGAUUUCGACGUGCACAACGGAACCGAUAUGGCGCUUCUUUUCCCCUUUGCACCCAGCAAGACCGCCAGUGAGGUCUGUGUCGACUCUUAUCAGGAAUGUCGGGCGACGAAACGCGUGAAGCGGGAUAAAAUCGAGUGGCACGAGAUGCUUUCGCCGGCGCUACAACCGUCGGCGGGUUACUCGCAUAUUUCCGCCACGAGCCAGUCAGACAAUGCAUUCGAAAUGGUCGACAAAGAUCUGGACCAUAACCCUUGGGCUUCUUCGCCCUUUGGAUACUCCAGCUUGCACGGAAGCGAGUCUGACAUGGACGGUGAUGCUGCCAUGUACUUCUUCCAGCCUCGCAACGUUUCUGUUCGACAGAGCCAUAAAACGUCCGCGGCUGGGAACGGCUAUGAAGGUGUUGAGGGGAUCUACAGGUUCAUUGAGGAAUGUGACCGAGCAAGAUCAUGAAUUAGUGGUUUAAGGACAGAGGGUUCCAGCUGUUGCCGGCGAGUGCAGCUCACAGAUUUCAACAUCAUGAUCCUGGAUGGGUUUGAUUUCCGGUUUCCGGUCAUGACUAUCAUUACGGCGUGGCAUCGCAAAAAGCGGCCGCGACCGAGGUUUUCUUUUACUUUUUUUCGAGUGUAUUAGCAGAAAGAGCCACAUUAGCGAGCCUCAGAUUGAACGAAUCACAUCUUAUCAUUACCGGUA